AUGAUAGAUGAAUCAAAGGGGGAUUUCAUUAAUCUUUUAAGCGAAAAUGAAAAAAUUGCUGAAGAAAAACUUAAGGAAUAUAUUGGUGAAGCAAAGACAUUUGGAGUUAAAGAAGAAGGAAAAGGCAAGAAUGUAGUUAUGACUCCAUUAAAAAUUAGCGAAAAUGAACUUGAACCGCAAGUAAAAAAUUUACAGUCAGGUCAUAUUAAUCAAAAUCAGGAUGAUCAAAGCAAGGGGAAGGGUAAAGAACCAAUUAUAAUAGAAUCGGACGAGGAAAUGGAAUAUACUCCAAAGAUUAAUGAAAAAAAUGAAGAUGAUAAAACGGAUAAAGAAUAUUUGGAAAUUAUUCCUGAACCAUCUGGAAUUAUAAAUUUAGAUGAAUAUCUUGGUAAGCCUUUGACGAAAACAAUAGAAAUUAACGAAGAUGAACACGAAAUGCACAACGAAGAACUUCAGUCAGGUCUUAAUGAUCAAAAGCAUGAUGAUCAAAGCAAAGGGAAGGGUAAAAUUAAUGAGGAAGUUGAAAGUCCUAAAACUUAUGCAGGCCAGUUGGAGAAUUUGCGUAAAAUUCUUGAAAUUAAGAAUUCAAAGGAUUUAGGCAAGCUAACGAAAUUUACUGAAGAUUAUCCAAAAACCAACUGUAUAGUCUUUAAACUAGUAUAG